AUGUGCUAUCAAAGCAUAAAAGUCUUCAAAUGUGGACACAACAGCCUUCCAAAAGCUCUGAGAUGCAAAAAACCUACUAUCGGCUGCGAAGGGGUGUUCCUGAGGGAAGAACUGAAGAAAGCGAAGGGACUUUGCGAGUCGUGUGGGAGGGCAGCCGAGACGAAACGAGCCGAGAAAGAGCAAGUGGAGAAAGGGGAAGAUGAAGGCUACUGGUCGUAG